CCCCGCGCCGCGCUCGGUCGGGGGCGCCCGCACUCUCCCGGCGCAGACUGCGGGCGGACCGACGGACGACGCCGCGCCCAGUGCUGCGCGGGCCUCGCGGAAGAGGGGACUGUCCCGGCCUAGCCUGGACCAUGGUGCUGCUCUGGGAGCCUGCAGGAGCCUGGCUGGCCCUGGGCCUGGCCCUGGCGCUAGGCCCCAGCGUGGGCGCGGCCGCCCCUCAGCAGGACUGCACGGGCGUCGAGUGCCCGCGGCUGGAGAACUGCAUCGAGGAGGUGCUGGAGCCGGGCGCCUGCUGCGCCACGUGCGUGCAGCGGGGCUGCGCCUGCGAGGGCUACCAGUACUACGACUGCCUGCAGGGUGGCUUUGUGCAUGGCCGCGUGCCUGCUGGCCAGUCCUACUUCGUGGACUUCGGCAGCACCGAGUGCUCCUGCCCCGCCGGUGGCGGCAAGAUCAGCUGCCAGUUCAUGCUGUGCCCAGAGCUGCCGCCGAACUGCAUUGAGGCCGUGGUGGCGGCCGACAGCUGCCCGCAGUGUGGCCAGGUGGGCUGUGUCCACAACGGCCGUAAGUAUGCUGCUGGCCACACCGUCCACCUGCCACCAUGCCGGGCCUGCCACUGCCCUGACGCUGGUGGGGAACUCAUCUGCUACCAGCUUCCCAGUUGCCAUGGGAACUUCUCAGAUGCCGAGGAGGGUGACCCCGAGCGACACUAUGAAGACCCCUACAGCUACGACCAGGAGGUGGCUGAGGCAGAAGCAGCAGCGGCCCUAGGGGGUGAAGGCGAGGUCCAGGUGGGCGCAGGGGGCCCCCCGGCCGCUCUGGGAGGCGGGAGUCAGCCGCUGUCCACCAUCCAGGCGACCCCCUGGCCAGCCGCCCUCCCCAGACCCACGGCGGCUGCUGCCCUGGGUCCCCCAGCCCCUGUGCAGACCAAAGCUAGAAGAGUGACCGAGGACAGCGAGGAAGAAGAGGAGGAGGAGGCGGAGGAGGAGAGGGAGGAAAUGGCUGUCACUGAGCCACUGGCAGCAGCAGGCCCCAAGGGGCUGGACGGGCUGCCCACUGCAGGCCCAGCUGGAUCCCGUCUCCCUGUCCAGGAGGAGAGGGCAGAAGCCAGGGUGGGGCCUGAAGAGAACCUCAUCCCAGAUGCCCAGGCCAUGCCCGGCAGUGCUGGGCAGGAGGGAGCCACACCCACGCCAGGGUCAGGCACGGCCGGUCUGGUCCUGACGCAGGCCGCACCUAGCUCUCCCGGGGGCCUGGUCAAGCCCAGCACCCACACCAUCCUGUCCACGCCGCCGCAUGAUGCAGCCCGAGUCCCACCCACCCAGGAGGUGCCUAAGCAGCCGCAGGUUCUGCCCCAGUCCCGGGCAGAGGAGGACACAGACCCCAACUCUGUCCAUUCUGUCCCCAGAGGCAGCGCUGAAGGCUCCACCAAGGACCUGAUCGAGACGUGCUGUGCAGCGGGACAGCAGUGGGCCGUUGACAGUGACGAGUGCCUGGAGAUCCCCGAGAGCGGAGCUGAGGGCGCCACGUGCAGGACAGCCCAGAGGCACUGCUGCGUCUCCUACCUGAAGGAGAAGAGCUGCAUGGCCGGCAUCCUGGGGGCCAAGGAGGGCGAGGCCUGUGGGGCCGAGGACAACGACACCUGUGGUGUCUCCCUGUACAAGCAAUGCUGUGACUGCUGUGGCCUGGGCCUCCGUGUGCGGGCUGAGGGCCAGUCGUGCGAGUCCAACCCCAACCUGGGCUACCCCUGCAACCAUGUCAUGCUCUCCUGCUGUGAGGGCGAGGAGCCCCUCAUCGUGCCUGAGGUCCGCUGGCCUCCAGAGCCUGCAGCUGCACCACAGAGAGUUUCAGAGGCGGAGGUGGCAGCCCGAGAGGCUCUGUCGCUGGGCACGGAGGCCGAGCUGCCCAACAGCCUGCCAGGUGAUGACCAAGAUGAGUGCCUGCUCCUCCCGGGGGAGCUGUGCCAGCACCUCUGCAUCAACACUGUGGGCUCUUACCGUUGUGCCUGCUUUCCUGGCUUCUUGCUGCAGGAUGAUGGCCGCACCUGCCGCCCAGACCGCGACCCCUCCCAGCCGGAGGCCACACAGGAGCCUGCACCGAGGUCAGAAUUUGCCCAAGUGGCGCCCAACACCAUCCCGCUGCCACUGCCACAGCCCAACACCUGCAAAGACAACGGGCCCUGCAGGCAGGUGUGCAGUGUCAUCGGGGGCUCAGCCGCAUGCUCCUGCUUUCCCGGCUAUGCCAUUAUGGCAGACGGUGUGUCCUGUGAAGACCGAGACGAGUGCCUAAUGGGUGCUCACGAUUGUAGCCGGCGACAGUUCUGUGUGAACACCCUGGGAUCCUUCUACUGUGUCAACCACACAGUGCUCUGUGCCGAGGGCUUUAUCCUCAACGCGCACAGGAAGUGCGUGGACAUCAAUGAGUGUGUGACGGACCUGCAUACGUGCAGCCGGGCCGAGCACUGCGUGAACACGCUGGGCUCCUUCCGAUGCUACAAGGCACUCACCUGUGAGCCGGGCUAUGCCCUCAAGGAUGGCCAGUGCGAAGACGUGGACGAGUGUGCGACGGGCACACAUACCUGCCAGGCGGGCUUCUCGUGCCAGAACACCAAGGGCUCCUUUUACUGCCAAGCUCGGCAGCGCUGCAUGGAGGGCUUCCUGCAGGACCCUGAAGGCAACUGCGUGGACAUCAACGAGUGCACGUCGCUGUCCCAGCCCUGCCGGCCGGGCUUCAGCUGUAUCAACACGGUGGGCUCCUACACGUGCCAGAGGAACCCGCUGAUCUGCGGGCGCGGCUACCACACCAGUGAGGACGGAGAUAAGUGUGUGGACGUGGACGAGUGUGAGGCGGGCGUGCACCGCUGCAGCGAGAACCAGGUGUGCCGCAACCUUCCCGGCUCCUACCGCUGCGACUGCAAAGCCGGCUUCCAGCGGGAUGCCUUCGGCCGCUCCUGCAUCGACGUGAACGAGUGCUGGGCCUCGCCGGGCCGCCUGUGCCAGCACACGUGUGAGAACACACUCGGCUCCUACCGCUGCUCCUGUGCCUCUGGCUUCCGGCUGGCCGCCGAUGGCAAGCACUGCGAAGAUGUGAACGAGUGUGAGGCCCCGCGCUGCAGCCAGGAGUGUGCCAACAUCUACGGCUCCUACCAGUGCUACUGCCGCCAGGGCUACCAGCUGGCUGAGGACGGGCACACCUGCACAGACAUCGAUGAGUGUGCGCAGGGCGCCGGCAUCCUCUGCACCUUCCGCUGUCUCAACGUGCCAGGGAGCUACCAGUGUGCAUGCCCAGAGCAGGGCUACACCAUGACAGCCAACGGGAGGUCCUGCAAGGACCUGGACGAGUGUGCACUGGGUACCCACAACUGUUCCGAGGCCGAGACCUGCCACAACAUCCAGGGUGGCUUCCGCUGCCUGCGCUUGGAAUGUCCUCCAAACUAUGUCCGUGUGUCCAACACGAAAUGCGAGCGCACCACGUGCCACGACUUCGUGGAGUGCCAGAACUCCCCGGCGCGCAUCACACACUACCAGCUCAACUUCCAGACGGGCCUCCUGGUGCCCGCACACAUCUUCCGCAUCGGCCCGGCGCCCGCCUUCGCGGGGGACACCAUCGCGCUGACCAUCGUCAGGGGCAACGAGGAGGGCUACUUUGGCACGCGCCGGCUCAACGCCUACACGGGCGUCGUCUACCUGCAGCGGUCAGUGCUGGAGCCCCGGGACUUCGCCCUGGACGUGGAGAUGAAGCUCUGGCGGCAGGGCUCUGUCACCACCUUCCUGGCCAAGAUGCACAUCUUCUUCACCGCCUUCGCACUGUGAGGCGCCCGCCGGGCUGUCACCGCGGCGGCGCUUGCUAUAGCUUGGUAAAUUAACUUAAUUUUGCUGACUCGAUUCCUCUGGGGCUCUGGGCCUCUCCUGUGGCCUGCGGGCCGCUGAGCAGCGGAGCCGUCCGCACCCGGGCACUGAGUGGGAGCCUGUGGGGACGGGCCACAGGCUGCAUGGCGGCCUGCAGACCGCGAGGGCAGCCACCAACUUGGGGCUUUUGGACGCACCUGGAUGACCUGUCCCCAAAGCUGACAUUCCAUUUCAU